UGUUAAGAAAAGCCGCCAGUGUUUAUCCACUCUCCCUCUCUCUAUAUUCUCUGAAAAUAAAGCAACCCCUUUUUCUCUCUAGUCCCGACUGCGACAAAAUAAGCGUCAGCUUCACGUACAAGUACGCACAGAAGAGAAAAUUCGCCGUCCCUUCGGCGAAAUUUCUCACAUAUUCCCCUCCAUCCAUCGUUUUGCAUCUUUGCCUUUUCUCUCUUUCCUACUUUUUUAUCCCUUUCGUUUUCCGCUUCGGAUUUUCCUUCUCUCCCUUUUAUUAUUUAUUUCGACGAUCCGAACGGGUAAAAUCGUCUGCUCUGUUACCCUUUUGGCUGCUGAGAAGACGAAGGAAAAGUCCAAUACUUGAGAUUUUCUUUGUUUUUUGUUUUCCGAAUAGUUGAGAGUUCGAGUCAAACUGAAUUCUUGGGGGGCUUACGUGACUCGGGAAGGUACUUGUUUUCUGCUGCCGCCGGUGCUCUUUCCUUUCACUUUCUCAGCACGCAAACAGGAAAGUAACUGGCUGGAGGUGUUUCGACGGAGAAAUGCAAACCAGAUAUUUGGAGAGAUCGGGUAGUAUGGCCAGAGAAAAGCGAGGCCUGGAUUCGACUUCGGCUGAGGAAGAUCAGCCUGAUAGGAAGCGGCCUGCUUUAGCCAGUGUAAUUGUUGAAGCUCUCAAAGUGGACAGUCUGCAGAAACUUUGCUCAUCACUGGAGCCAAUUCUACGGAGAGUUGUUAGUGAAGAAGUGGAGCGUGCUUUAGCAAAAUUAGGUCCUGCCAAGCUUUCUGGGAGGACAUCUCCUAAACGCAUAGAAGGUCCUGAUGGCAGAAUUUUACAGUUGCACUUUAAGACCAGGCUAUCCCUUCCCCUGUUUACUGGAGGGAAAGUGGAGGGGGAACAAGGUGCUUCCAUUCACAUUGUUUUAAUUGACGGAAACACAGGCCAUGUCAUCACAUCUGGCCCAGAGUCUUCAGUGAGGCUGGAUGUUAUUGUGCUUGAAGGGGAUUUCAACAAUGAGGAUGAUGAUAAUUGGAGUGAAGAAGAAUUUGAGAGCCAUGUCGUCAAGGAGAGGGAAGGAAAAAGGCCUCUCCUAACUGGAGAUUUGCAAGUUACUCUGAAAGAGGGUGUAGGAACACUGGGUGAGCUUACAUUUACUGACAAUUCUAGCUGGAUAAGGAGUAGGAAAUUCAGGCUGGGGCUUAGAGUUGCCUCAGGUUGCUGUGAGGGGAUUCGUAUUCGUGAAGCCAAAACAGAAGCCUUCACUGUUAAAGAUCACCGUGGAGAAUUAUACAAGAAACACUAUCCACCUGCCUUGAAUGAUGAGGUCUGGAGACUGGAGAAGAUUGGAAAGGAUGGGUCUUUUCACAAGAGGCUAAAUAAAGCAGGAAUAGUCACUGUUGAAGACUUCCUUCGGCUUGUGGUCAGAGACCCUCAGAGGUUGCGAAAUAUUCUUGGGAGUGGCAUGUCUAACAAAAUGUGGGAUGUUCUUGUUGAGCAUGCAAAGACUUGUGUUCUUAGUGGAAAGCUUUAUGUAUACUAUCCGGAAGAUGCAAGGAAUGUUGGCGUUGUUUUCAACAACAUAUAUGAGUUCAGUGGCUUAAUUACUAAUGAACAGUAUUAUUCAGCUGAUUAUCUCUCUGAAAGUCAAAAGGUUUUUGUUGACACAUUGGUGAAGAAGGCAUAUGAUAAUUGGAUGCAUGUUGUAGAGUACGAUGGAGAGUCUCUGAUAAAUUACAAUCAGAAUAAGACUUUGGGUAAUUCUCAACCCCAGCUUCCGAUGGGUUCACAUGAUUAUUCAAACUCACUUGAUCAGCAGAUCUCCAUCCCAAGUUUGCCUGUUGCAGUGCCUGCGGGGCAGCCUCCCAUGGAUUCAGGGGUAGCAAUUGGAGGUUAUCAUGACGCAUCAGCCGCCAGAUUUUCAAUGCAAGCACAACAUGCUAAUCUUAAUUCUUCAAUUCAGUUUGAUGGUACUGACAUGACACUACAAAACCAGUUGAUGAGCUCUUCAGACCAACCUCAACUUUCAAGGAAUGAAGAUGGGCUGACUCUUGGUCCGCCUCAGUCAGGUGCACCAGGAUUUCAGAAUGUCAGCAUGUCAAAUCCUUCUUAUAGAGGCUUCGAAGACUUAUUCCAUGAGGAGGAGAUCCGUAUUAGAAGCCAUGAAAUGCUAGAAAAUGAAGAUAUGCAGCAUCUACUCCGUAUUUUUAACAUGGGAGGUCAUGCUCAUACUUCCUUUAAUGCUCCUGAAUAUGGGUACCCCGGUACAUCUGCUUAUGUGCCUACUUCCCCCGUGACCUAUGAUGAUGAUCGAAACCGCUCCUCCGGAAAAGCUGUUGUGGGCUGGCUCAAGCUCAAGGCAGCUUUGAGAUGGGGUAUUUUUAUUCGGAAGAAGGCUGCUGAAAGACGGGCUCAACUUGUUGAGUUGGAUGAUUCAUAGAACACGACCUGGAAGGCACAGCUAAAUGAUCUGAACAGGUUAUAUAGCAGCCUCGAAAGCUCCUCUUGCCUGGUAUUUGGAAUUGCUGGGGUGCUGUAGUUCUAUAGCAUGAAGCGAGGGCAAUAAUCCGGGAUUGAAAUUGAAUCAUGGGGUGCAGGAUCUUAGCUAAAGAGUUUCCAUGAUGCCUUAAUUCUUGAACCAGUUGCUGAGACAUCUGCCUGUACAGGAGUAUCACCCUGCAAAAACUCUCUUUUAGCUGUUUUAUCCGUAAUGUUUUCCCCUCCACAUUAAAGCCUGCAACUUCUUUCAAGGACUCGGAAAAUGUUUGCAGCUGCUGGAAACUGACAAGUUCACUGUGGAGUUACGGAAACUCAGGUCUUUUUCUUUACGUUUGAAGUAUCUACGGCCAUAAAUGUUGGACUGAAUGGCCUUGACCUAUGGAAUUUUGUGCUAUUAGGUUAGGGGGUGAUAUUCAAUUAUGUGUUUUAUCAUGUAGUUUGCCUUGUAACUCAAUAAUCACAAAUUGAUCAUCAGUAGUUAAGUUGCUAAAAUUGAAUUGAUUCGUGUAGAGAUAGUAUCUGUUAGAUGCCUGCUUUGUAUGGAAGUCGCGUCCUAAACAUUAGACUGUUAUGUGCUCCGAUGGUCUCUCGAAUGAAUUUUUAGCUGGGCAUGUGAGAAGCCCCUUCUUACCUUUCA